UGACUGACGUGUUCUGUUUUGUUUCAUGACUUUGACAUUAAUAAAGCUACGUUUUCUUGGAAUUUUUUUGGUUACAGACCGGUGAUUUAUUGUGAUAAUUUAGCAAAAUGAGUUUGGAAAUCGAGUCAAUGGUUCGCCAUGUAUCCCCAAUCAACCCGGCAGUGUUUCCUCACCUUACACUUUUGCUGUUGAGUAUUGGUAUAUUCUUCACUGCGUGGUUCUUCGUGUAUGAAGUCACAAGCACAAAGAACUCAAGAGAUCUCUUCAAGGAGCUUCUUUUAUCACUGGUCGCGUCUCUUUUCUCCGGUUUUGGCAUACUGUUUCUACUACUUUGGGUGGGCAUAUAUGUUUAGCCGUUUAGUCAAUAGGAUACAUGCAUUUAUUAAUGAUACAAUUUUCCAAUGAUUUGUGUGUAAAUCUAUGUUAUUUUUGUAAGUUUAAUUAAAAAUUACUAUCCAA